GAAUAUGAAUGCAAACGCGAAAAAGCGAGCGAGUGUAUGAGCAAGCAAAGGAAAUCACUUAAUUUUUGACAUUUUCGCAGAGGCAGUGAAUUUCGCCAAGCGAAUGAAAAAUAUCAGCAUAUCGAAAACACCAAAAAUUUUAGCAAUAAUAAUAAUAAUCGUAAAAUUAUAUUAAGGAAGUUUAAUUCUAAUAAGCCGAAGAAGGUUGUGUUAGUACUACGUGUACAUAUAUAUUCAUAUGUGUGUGUAUGUGUAUUAAGUAAGCGCUCAUGUGUAUUUGGUGUUGUUCUUAUACAAGUAAUGCGGUCGUCUCACUAAAUGUUGUUAAAAUAAGCGUGAAUUAAAACGUCGGUAAAAAAUUGUGCACAAAAUAAGUAUAAAGGUAAAAAAUCAAUGAAUUGAGUUAUCUGCAGUACGCCGUGUGCUGAGCAGUUAUAUCUCAUCUACGUGUGUUCGAACACAUAUGCAUGCUUUGUUCCGAGUUGUGGCACAUUUAUAUGGCUUAUAUUUAGUGUAAAUAUAUAAUUUCAUAUCUGCCUGCAUAUAUAUACAUAUAUGUGUGUAUAUAUCCACAGACACAGUCAAAUCAACGCAUAAGCGAAUUUGUACAGCGUGGAAAAUGCAAAGGAAACAGCAGUUCAGCAGCAAAGUACAGAGUGAUAAAUAAAUGUGUUUACAACAAAGUGCCAGUGGCAGUGUGAAGAGUAACUGUGAAAAUUUUUAUACAUAAGCUAAAAGCCGACUUCAAUAAAAGAAAUAAGCAAAAAAAAAAAAUAUAUAUAUUCGAAGUAAAACAAUUCUAAUAAAAUUUGCUUUAAAAUACGCGAACAUUGCAUAAAAGGUCAUUAGAACGAAAAAAAAGGGAAAAAGUGUGUGCAGCGACAAAAGAGGCAAGAAACGUCGAUAUUUUGGAGUUGCUCUAGUGCUGGCAGUGGCCUGUGAAACUUAUUGUCGGCGCAACCAGACGAAAAGGUAGCUAAAUUUUAUUGUAGUGUGUGAAAUUUUUGACGAAAAUAGCUGGAAAGCAAGCGAAACUAGCAUUUUGUGAGCAAAACUUAAUUAGCAAUAAUAACAAAAACACCAAAAAACGCAAGCGCGUUACCAACUACACCUCACCAGCACAACGAUAAAAAAGUCUUCUGCUAGAAAUUUUUAAGUAGUAAGCAGCACUAAAUGCAUAUCUAAAGCAAGUCGAAGCACCAAUAUUUGAGUAAUAAGUAGCGAAAAUAGUUUUGAAAAUUAUUAGCAUUUAAAAAAAAUUGUUUGUAUAGUUGUAAGCUGUAUUCCCUGUUAGCCAAUAAAAUAGUUUGUAGAAUUCACGCGCAACGCACACACAUAAACACACUCGUGUCUCCAUAAAACGUGCCACACGUUGUGACCGCCGCGACCCCUUCCCCCACUACGACGACGACGACGUCAUCAUAACGCCAACAACAACAACGACUAAUAACAGCAAUUUGCCGCGACACUAUAAUAGUUUCCUCUAACACAUUGAAGCGCAAUAUAAAGCAGAUAGCAAGCAGACACAUUCGCAAUUUCAGAUACUAGAGCAAACUAUGAGGGUAGUGCUGCUAACGGUAAAUAGGGUGUAGCCGCCGCCGCCGUCGCUAAAGCCGCUGAGGCGCCAAGUGUAUUGUCAGAAUUGUUGGCAUAAAGCAUUCACGCAAUCACAACGUCUGAAGAAGCGCAAGGAAAAAUACGAAAAAUAACAAAAAAUAAACAAAAAGUAAAGAACAAAUUGCUGCAAAACAAAAGCAUACAACAAAAGUGAGCGAAAAAAGGAAAUGGUAAAGGAAUUUCGUCAUCAGCAGCGAACAUUGUGCAGGCCCACACCCUUGAAACCUUUUCUCUGCCCGUCACAAUCAGCGCUCACACACAUACACACACACACACGGUUGCUUGUAUGCGUUUAUAGUUGUAGUUGUAGUUGCAUUAAGUAGUUGACAAAAACAACACACUUGUGUGUAUAACCUUCAUCGCCAGCGCACCGGUUUAUACAAAGCGGCGACCCACUAAUCCACCGGCCUACCAUCGACUUCAUCGUCAUUAUCCCUAACUCCUCCAUUUCAACUAUCUUGCUGCUGUCUCAGUUGGCUGUGUGCUAACUUAAGCCCACGGUCGAAUCGGCGCCUCAGCGACCCCGACCUCAGUCUAAAGUGCACGUCAUCGCUAACGGUAUUGCGUCGUCCUAGUCAUCGUCAGCGCGAGCCUAGCCACAUUGACUCUGGCACUCUCCCAUCUAUCUAGCUGCUGUCCUCUUCUCUGAUAGUUUUCGCUGAACUUGACAGCCUCACUAAAGCUAUCUCCAGCUCUUGACGCGUUUAGAAAAAAAAGCUGUGCUUUAACCACAAUAACAACAACAAACGCAUUAACUAUACUAACUUCAACUAAGGCAAGAACUUUUACAACACAGCUGAGUUACUCGAACUUUGCUGUGUCUUUGCUCGUAAACUUUGCAGUUAAAACAAAGAACUCAUCACCGACAGCACUUCUCAUCGUGUGAACGCAACGAGCAUCUUCCGUAAGAAUAUUGUUUAGAAAUAUCCACCAAUUUAACAGCAGCAACAACAACUACAAUAUUAGUUGCAGCAACAAAGUAGUAGUACAUCAUUGGAAGUAGAUAAAGAGUAGCAAUUUUUAGGUAAAUAAAUUAAGACAGCAACAAUAACAGGCGCCUACUAGGAACUACCACAGGUAUCUACAAAAGAAGCAAAAGUUGAGAGGAACCAAAACAGGCAGUGAAUUAGAGGGAAAAAAAGCAAAAUGGCAGCAUUCAUAGCGAAACAAAUGGUUGGCAACCAGCUAAGCGCCGUUAAAGAUGCUGCCGGCGGUGGUGAUGGCGGUGAUGAUGGUGACGAUAAGGAAAAGGCAGAGGAGGAGGAGAGGGAGCGUCAGGAGGCCAUACGUGAGGCCGAAGAGCGACGGAAGGAAAAGCAUCGUAAGAUGGAAGAGGAGCGCGAAAAGAUGAGACAAGAUAUUCGUGAUAAGUACAACAUAAAGAAAAAGGAAGAAGUUGUCGAAGCCAUGCCCCAAGAAGAACCCAAUCCGUUGAUGCGAAAGAAAAAGACGCCCGAAGAGUUGGCUGCCGAAGCGGAACAAGAAGAGUUGGACGAUUUCACAAAACUGAAAAAUCAAAUAGAAACGCAAGUAAAUGAGCUAAAAACUCAAAUAGAGGGAAAAUGUGUCAUGCAGUGAUAUGUCAUCAUAUGAUUAUGAAUACCAAAUUAUACCUACAUAUAUAAACAAAACAAAUACAACAACAAAAAACACAAAUAAAUGAAGCAACCAAAUGCGUACGCAAGAAAUAUAUAACAAAACAUAACAAAUAUAUAAAAAUAUAUAUAUCUAAAAAAAUAUAUAUAUAUAAUUGAAAACAUAAUAAAUAACGGUAAAAAUGCUCUAAUAUAAAAAAAUACUCAAUAUAUAACAAAAUUACAACAACAAAAAUACUUACAACAAAUUUUCCCCAUUUCCCAAACAAACUUAUAUAAUAUAUACAUACCAUAUAUAUAUAAAUAUAUAUAUAUCUACCAUAUAUAUAUAUAUAUACUCAAAUAACAACUGCAGCAAAAGGAAAGCAGCAGAAAAUAUAUAAAAGCCGACAACCAUAACAAAAACAAGCAAAACCAGAAAACACCCAAGGACAUACAACCAAAAAGCUGAUAGCAAAUGGCGCUAUAUACUAGCGUAUAAAUAUAUACAUACAUAACAUAUAGCAAAUAAAUAAUUACCUACUUAUAUACAACUAAAAGCAAAUAUAUAUAAUUGAAAUGAGUAAAUGAUUAAUUGUUUUAAAAAUCAUUAAAUAAAAUAGCAAAUUACCAAAUCAUUAUUUCAACCAAACAAUUAACACUACAUUUACGCAGGAUUAUAUAUACAAACAGCAAAUCACAGUAAAAAUUCUGAUUAUUUAAUAAUUUCGAAUGGAAAAGAUCUCUUAUAAUAUAACACAAACAAAUAUUAUAUAUAAAAAACAACAAAACAAUUAAACAUAUUUGAGUAUUGUUUAUAAAUAUUUGCCCACAAAUAUGCGUAAAUGUACAGUAAUUAACAGACACAAAGUAAAUAAAACGAACCACAAAAUAAUAAAAACACACACCGAACAAAUCAGAAAAUUAAAAUAAAAAGCAUAAAAACCGUUAAAUAAUUGAACAAGCGACGCUAUUCAGCAAGAUUUUCGCCAUAAAGCAGAUUAGGAAAACAAUUAAACAAAAAAAUAUAUAUAAAAAAACCAAAACACACAAAGCCCGCAAUGCAAAUUCAAAUAACAACACUGUCAACGAAAGCUACAUGGGCUAUUCCACUAACAACAACAAAACAGUGCCCAAAAAAAUACACAACCAACAAUAAAUAUGCAACAGCAAUACGGGCAACGAGUUCAACUGACAGAGCGAGUGACGCUCAUUUGAGAACACUACGCGGUAACACUAGCGAGCAUGUUCUGUUCACCAAACGCUCGCGAAGUGAAAACAAAAAGGAAAGGUUACUGCAAAGCAAAAGCGAAAGUCAACUUAAAUCUAAGUAGGAAUAGCGUAACUGUUUAGAAAUUGCAAAAAUAAAGAAGAUAUGAAGUAAUAAAUGAAGAACGAGAGUGAGAGGGAGAGAGAGAAAGAAAACCUAAAACGAAAAUGCCUUCAAAAUUUAAAUAAAAUUUAAAAUACAAACAAAACAAAAACAACUAUAAUUUAAUAUAACGAGUACGCAAAUUUUGGCAUACAUGACAACAAAUAUCUAAUACAAUAACAAAUGAAGCAUAAUAAGUUGUAUAAAGAACAGUAAGCGCUUUAUUAGUAAAGAAUGCUCAAAAACCAACAAAAAAAGUUCUAUUUCACUCUACUCUAACAGAGCCUAAACAGCCACAAGCAAGAUCUAUGCAAACGUAACACUCUUAAAGAUUUCCAAAAGAAAUACCCGAAAAACUCGUAACUAAACUUAAAGCUCCCAACACUGAAACGUAGUUGGCUCUCUUACUUGCAUAACACUAAUCAAACAUACUCGCAAAAGACAACGUUGCUGCACCGAAUGCAGCAGACUAUAUACAGUAUAAUACUUAUGUAGUUAAGACCAAACUGUACGAAAUUGCAUUUUUGAAUUGUUCAAAAUUGGCGAUUUGUUAUUAAUAUUGGCAAAUUGUUAUUUAAAAACCAAUCUAUGAGACACAUAUUUCAGCAAACAACUGGCUAAUCUGUACAAUUUCUUUCUUUUACUAAACUCCCUCAAAAUAAAUAACAUAUACACAAUGAGCCCUAACCUCUGAGAUUACACUGAAACGAAGAAACUGCAAAUUCAGUGUAUUUGAAAAUACAAGUAUACAAUAAAAAUCGUUGCAUAAACAAUACAAGCUCGAAUAUGAGGCUUAUUGAAAUUUUUGCUGAAAUUAUGUACAUAUGUAUAUGUGUUAAGAAUUAUGCAAGACAAAUGUAAGCGACAAAUCACAAACAUUAAGACAUGCGUGCACAACAACAGCAACAACCAUAAGAGUUACAACCACAAACUGGCUUGAACAUGUAUCCACCAUUUUACAACUCAACACUUCGAUACUCGAUGUGGAAUUCGUCAUACGCAACCGUAAGCACACACACACACAGGGAUUGCGAUACUCAAUACAAGCGAUACAUAUUCCUACAUAAGGCAACACUCUGCAAUUAGUAUAAAAUUUAUAUCUGUAAGUGUAUUCUUAUAUUAGUCGAGCUAUAUAUGUGGUCACGUGACUUCAGUGUAAAGGCUUUUGUUCAUAAAUUCGUCCAUUGGAUGAGUUUUGAAAAUAUGUGUAUUUUAGUAAGAGAAUUACAUUACAUUACAUUCCUGUAAUUUUCUAUUAAAUUAUAUGUGCCAGCGAAAAUUUAUAGAAAAUUCGUCGAAAAGAUUAAUACACAAAUUAGCUUCAGUAAAUGCUGGCCGCACUUUGUAUAUACAAUUAUAUGAUGUACAAAUCUUUCUGAAUUUAUCAGUUAGCCCAAAGUGAAAUUAAAACAUGGAAGUUCGUCUGAUUGCUGAACUGCAAAGCUCUCUCGAGCAAAAGUUUUAUUAGAGCAUAUUAACAGCUUCUUAAAAAAAGCAUUACAUAGUACGUCUUUCAAGCUAUCGAUGAUUUCGAAAAGCCAAUAAUUCUUCUUAUGCAUUUUGUCCCCGCCUUUCUGUCACUUUCUCUCACUAGUUCUUUCUUUCUUAUCCAACCUUCUCAUAUAGGUUCGUGUAUUUGCUAAUAAAAACGUAGGUUGGGAAAUAGGCUUGUGUGUAGUAUUAGGAAUGUUACCAACUGUAUGAACGAAAACAAAAAAUAUUUAACUAAAUACAAAACAUGACACAACUUGUGUCCAUGUUUUUUGCUAUUAAUACGAACAGUUGUGUUAGCUUAUAUAGGACAACUUUGUUAUUUGAUUUUUCAAAAUAAUAUAAACAAAUAAUUGUUAAGCUUUUUCCGUGUUGAUUUUAAUUACAUGUUAAUUAAUUUUAAUAAAAAGAAAUAUAUUAUGUUACCUAUUAGUUAAUGAAAGAUUAUUAAUUAAUUUUAAAAAUGUUGGAUUAAAUUAUUAGUGAAAAAAUCUGAUAUAUAUGAAAGCUACUCUUCAAAAAAAUAUUACCAAUGAAAUGUCAGCAAAAAUAAAAAAAAUUCACAAAUCCGGUAAUACCAUACAUAUGCAAUACAAUAGGUGGAAAAAUUAAAAGUUGAAGCUGAUUUCGAAAUACACAGAACUUUUUAUAUUUUAUUUUUUUUUUCUUUCUAAUAACUAUUAUGAGAAAAAGUUGAAAAGCUUCAGUAUUUUCGUACUGUAUCCAUUUUACCACUUUUAAUUAAAACUUAUAAUAACUUUAAAUACUAUUUUUUGUUAUUAAUUUAAACAUUUUCUGGCAACCCUCUUGCUGGCAUUGCCUCGACAUAAAAAUAAAAAAAGAGCUCUGCAUGUUUGUUAUAAAAAAAAACGAAAAUAAUAACAAAUCUAGCAUAUGUAUUUAUUGUAUGUAUUGUAUAAAAAAUAUAUUUCUUUAGCGCAAUGUUUAGACUUGUUGUUUAUGGCUUUGUGAUGUAUUAUAGUACGAUACUUAUGAACAAAAAUAAAAAAAUAAAACUAAACGACGCUCUUGCUUAAAUCUAAAGAGUCAACAAAACUGUGUGUAAUUUAAACAGCCAUAGAAGAGUUUCACAAAUAAAAGUGUUGCCACUACCAUAUUAAAUACACUAGGUUUGUUAAAAGCUUCCUGAUAGCAACACCUUAACCAAAUAGAAAAAUAUUCCGCAGCUCUGCGCAUUGUUACACUUGAGAAACUCCGAGAAAGCUACAGACAAUUUUUAAGAGAUUAUGCAAAACUCCUUAUAACUUUUUUUAGACCCUUCAAAUCAGAUAUCUAAGAAAUUUUCUUGUAUUCAUAUCUAAUUAAAUCCAAAACUAUAUAAUUUUUUUAAAAAACCAUCAAACCUUUACGAUUCUCAAGUAGCUCCAAAUAUUUUAAUAAACUAUAUCUACUCACAUUUCUUAGCACAAUAGAUACCUAGAGCGCAAAGCAUAACUACUACAAAGUGUUAAAUAACCCCAAAAAUACUCUUUUGGUAAAUAUUCCAAUAUAAAAUACUCCAAAAAUUUGAUUUUUUCUUCUUUUUUUUUAUUAAAAAAAAAUUUAUUUUCUUAAUUGAAAGAUAAUUGAAAAUAAAUUUGAAUUUAAUAAUGACUCCUAAACUACUAAAGCUUUACAUACUAGAAAAAACCUUCGAACUCUUAACUUUCAUACUAGAGAUUGUUUAUAUAAUAUAGAAGCUGACAUUAAAAAAAUAUAUCCUAAUUAGUAAGCAAAAAAUUACAAAUCGAAGCAAAGAGCACUGGCAUAAAUUAGGUGAAGCCAGAAAACAGAGAUUUAAUAAAAACCAACAACAGCAAACAUAUUUGUUGUAAGCCUUCUUCAUUUCAUUUGAGUGAAGUGCAUAAAAAAAUAAUAAUAUAUAUACAUAUAUUCAAGUAUAUACAUAUGUACUAUAUAGAACAAUUUAAAUAAAAGUUAGGCAAAAAUUAAAAUGUAAACAAAAAAAAACACAACAUAAACAGAAACAAAAACAAAAACUUUAACAAACAUACAGUUCUAUAUACACAAAUUGGAUUGGUACAAUACGGAGUCAAAAAAUUAAUUUGUAAAUGUAUUUUGAAAUGUGUGUAAAAUAGUAUGUGAAAUGCAUGAAAAACAUAUAGCGAGUGUUACAAUAAACCUGCAACAGGCUAAAAAUACAUUCACAACAAAGCAGCAUGUAGCAAACGAAAACAUACUUACAUGCAAUGCAAACUAAAUAAUCGCAACUAAAAUAUACAGAGACCCGAAUAUAUUAACAACAAAAGCGAAAACAUACAUUUAUACAAACACAUACAUAUAUAUUAUAGUGAGCAGUUCUUAGAAAUCCAACAUUUCAACACACAAAAAACCACCAAACAAUUGCUAAAAAACAAAAACAAAGCAAAGCAAGAACAAGAACAAGCUCAUAAAAAUACAUACAUGCAAAAUGUGAAUUACAAAACAAAAAGAAGAUGACGAUACAAAAAAAAAAAUACAAAAAACAGAAAAACUGAAAAUGAUGUUGCAUUAAUUAAAUUGUUACUUUGAAAAUUUAACAAACAAAAACAAAAAACAAAAAACAAAAAAAUUAAAUAAAAAUUAUAUAAACUAAAACAAAAUCUGAAUGUUGUUCUUUUAUUUCUUAACGUACUCGUAUACUACUGCUACUUAUUUACUCUCUAUAUAACUUUCUUAGCAAAUACGUGCAUAACUAACAAAAAAACAACAAACAACCAUGCGACUAGCUUUCUAUUGCUUUUCAACUUUCACUUAAAACUUGUGCCAUCACUCGUCGUUUCUAACGCCCGCACAACUUUUGAACAUACAUAUUAUUUGUGAAUAUAUUGCUACAAGAACUUCACAUACAUGUACAUUUUAUAUAAAUAUAUAUAUUUGUAUACAUAUGUAAAUUUGUGCAACCAUUUCUGGUUCCCUUAACAAUUGAAUAACUUGCUCUAAAAAAUAUCGCUUCUACGCCAUGGCGUACCUAGAAACAUAGUAGCGCUCAUACGCCAAGGCGUACCUUUUAAGAAUUGUUUAUUUCUGAUGUUUUGUCAUUCAAUAUCUAGUUUCCUUCACUUAUUUCAAGGGGUACUGGACACUGUAUAUAAUCCAAGCCUAUUCAACUCUGAAGUUUCAAAAACUCAAUAGGGUUUUUAGAAAUUUUUUACCUUGACUGUCAAAUUUGCUCUCAGACCCACUUAUUAAUUAAGUAAUUUUUUAUACAUAAUCACCUUUUUUACUUUUUGUCAUUUAAAAAAUGUUUAAGCUUUUUUGUUAUUGUCUUCCUUUAUAUCACUUCUAAUUUUCACAAACUAUUACUUAUAGUACAUCUAUAUUGAGAAUGUCAUUUUUCAAACACAAAAAAGUCACAUCACAUUCACAUUCUAACAAUGUUUUCCGGCCCUUGCUACCUUUUUCUCAAUUUUAAAAUCACUCAGAAGUAAUCAAGUUAACCCAGGUUUCAUACUUUGGUCUCUUAUGAGCAAUGUAUGUAUUGCAUACCAUAAAAUUGAUUUAUUAAAGAUUUUCCAUUGAGUGACAACUCUAGUAUAUUGUUCUUGAAGGUUCUAACAAAAACUCAAAACUUGUUUUGUAAUGGACACUUAAACCAAAUUCUAUUUUCAUAUUAAAAAUCAGCCUAUCUUUAAAACUCGAAAAAUGUCUUGCGUUCCGCAACAUAUCUUUUACUUAUUCUCUCCUUAUCGGUACACUUCUCAUUUUGUUUUUUUUUUUCUUCUCUUAAAAUUUUGUUAUUUUUUAUCUCAUCUUUUUUAAUAUUUGCUCUCAUCUACUACUCAACCUUUUUCUGACACACAACUCUUAACCAAAUUAACUUGCGACUUGGAACAUUUUCCCUAACUUAUCUAGACCUCUUUUUGUGCUCUCAAACUUUUUCCCGAAAUCUUCUCCAUUCUCCAAUUAUCCACACACUCAACACUUGAAAACACAAAAAAUAUAUUUUUUAGCAUCCAUAUUUCUGUCUGUCACUAGCUGUGUACAUGCGUACAUGCAUACUCAUUGUAUAUAAAUAAUCACGAAAGUAAAUUACAACUUUGUUAUGCCUGUGAAAUGUGCAAAAACCAAAAACUACAACAACCAAAUUAACAUUUAUUACAUACAAACUACAUGUGUACUUCAUUAUCGAAUAAUAUGUCUUUGAAUAUUAACUACUUAAAUUAUAUAACUUUAUAUUAUAUAUAUUGUACAAGUCUAUAAGGUAAGUUUGUGUGUGUGCCUCUCUUAUAAUUUCAGCUUGUAUGAAAAAGAUUUGGCAUUUCAUACGUAAAAAGUUUAAAAGCAUUUUUUAAUUGGUAAGUAAGUGAGGGCAAAUUUCGACGCGACAAACGCGCUGUCAAGUUGUUGUUGGUGGUGGUGAUGAUGAUGGUGGUGUUGGACGGAACACGUUAACUGCUUAAAAAAAAAACAUUUAAAUCCUGGAUGCUCGUCUCUCGCCUGGAUCUACAUUUACUUAGCAAUAUGAUUGAAGCGAAUGUCAGAGCCUUCAUUUUAACUGUAAUUAAUUGUUGCACAUAAAGUCGUGUAUGAAAUUGAACUGUAAUUAUGAACUGUAGAUUGCUACAAUUUCACCACUCUUUUACAUUGCACUAACAUCUUGAUGUGUAGAUUCGCACAGGAAUAUCACAUACUUAUAUAUUUUUACAUAUCAAUGACUUCACCAUAUACUCAUGAAUAUUUCACAACACAACGCAAAAAAAUUGCAGCAUGUGGUAGUACAAGGCAUUUCUAAAAGUCAACACACUUUGUGUGAAAAUGUCUGCUAAGGAUAUAUUUCGAAGAAAGACAGUUUAAUUGUGCUGAUAGAAAUGAAAAUAAUCUACUAGAAUUGUUAUUGGUAUAUAAAAAAUGUUUAUUAUAGAACAAAAAUAGUAUUGUUAGUAUUUGAAAAAGGAAUCCCUCUAAUUUUGUUGAAAGUUUCACUGCAGAAUUUAUCAACGCUCAGCCAUAAAAAUGUAUGUAGUAUAUAGUAGAGCGUUAAAGUUAGGGUGAUUAAUACGAUACAUUAAAGAAUGUAGUUUAGCCGUUUUUUGCUAUUAACUGGUCGAAAAAUUCCGAAUCGUGCAUGCAAACAUAUAAAUAUAUAUAUGUAUAUAUAUAUAUAUACGUAAUACAGCACACUUAUGCAGACAUAUUUAACAAUCAUGCAUGCAGGUAGGUAAAUUCUUCUUAAUUAACGACAUUGGUGCAUAUGCACGUCACUAUAUAAAUAUUAUAUAUAUACAUAUUAUACUAUUUAUGUACAUAUAUAACUUUUUUCACAUUCUCUUCAAUAAUACCUAUAACUAUUCAACUUCAAAAUAUCUAUGUACGUAAAGCAUAUACAAACCAUUUUAUAUUUGUACAUUUUAUUUAAAAUCAUAAAAAAGUAAAUCACACAGCCUAUAUACAAUUAAUAUCAUACUGAUUUCAUGAAGAAAGAAGUUAAGAGAUGUAAAGGGAAAUUAAUCCUAAGAAAUCUCACUUUUUCAUCGAAAAACUACUUAACUUCUAUAAAUCUGUACAGAGUAUAGUUAAGCUUUCGCAAGAGCAUUUUCAGUAGCAAAAGUCAGAAGAGAAUAAAAUAUAUACUUUGGGUCUGUUAUUACAACUUUCUUAUAUGAUGAAAUCGUCUGCGAAUCGAGCCUUCACAUAAAAUGUGUAACGUUUUUAUUUUAUAUACUUGUAACGUUGAAUAUUUUUUGACUACAACUAAAUGAAUAAAAUUCAAUCUUGUAUAAAAUUCUGUGGAACACGCCGAUAUACUUAGACAGUUCAUUUUAAGUUUUAUCAUAAAUAAAAAAGCUGCUAAAAUUAAGAAAAAUUUAGUUUUCAAAAAUAUAUUUGGGUAGCUUGACUACUAUUUAGUUUUUAAUGUUGCACAGUUUUCAAAAAGAUUUCACAAGAAAACUCACUGGCUCCACCUAUAUUAAUCAGUCAGCUCGUUAUCGAUUAAUGCACUACUGACACGCCGAAAACGUUUAAAAGAAUAUAUUUCUGCACAAAAAAUGUAACUGAAAAUAUUGUAAAGCAUCUCUUGCAUACGUAGUGUAUAAAAAGUCUACUUUCGUAAAUUUCAGCCUCUCUUUAACAAAACAAAAAAAUAUUAUUCAUUCCCUUACACGAAAUCAAUCUAUUAUUUUCAGCUGCUUCUUAACUCUUACUUUUAUUUACUUUUUUCACUCGUCUUUUUUUACAGCAAACAAAUGGGAAUAUUUCACAAAACUUUAACUUCCAAAAAAGAAAUAUAAUUAAAUUUUUAUUUUGGUAACUUAAAAUUUUGGUUUGAUUUUAAAAUUAAUUACUUUUCGAUUGCUACAACCAUACAUACAUGACAUUCGUUUUAAUUUUUCUUUUUCAUUUCGAAUUUACUUACAGCUAAAUUGAAAAACCGUCUCAGUGAUGCUUUUAAAAAUUGCCCAUUGAAAAACCUGUUUUAAUUGCAUUUGAGAAACUAAAACAAACAAACAAAAAAAUAAAAAAGCCGAAUACAACAAACAUAACCAAACAAAGCAGGCAGCAACAAUAACCUACUCUAACAGUAAACAGCGUGCAAAUCACAAAAACAAAGCCAAAGCGCAAGCCACACAUACAAAGCACUAUUUCAUUUGCGAGUAUUGAGUUUUACAGACAGUCCCACCCACACAAGCGUGUGUAUGCGUGCAAAGCUCAAAAGCUGAAACAAUACAAACAAAAAACUUUUCGGAAUGCGGUUUCAAAAUUUCCAAAAAUGUCAACAUACAAGCCAGAAAAAUAAUAAACAGAAAAUAAACGAAAAAAAUGAAAUAUCAAAAAAUAAGCAUUAACAAAAAAACUUAAAUAUUCUUCUUGUAAUUAAAAUUGCAAAAAAAAAAAUAGUGAAGAAAUACAAAAAAGCAUAUAAAAGUUUAAAACGCAGCCUAGCAGCAAAACUUAACGAUACACUAAUAUAUAAUAUUUACAAGCUCUAAACAAAUUAAAAUCUGUUCCAAAUUUAUAUAUUAUAAUAAUUUAUUGGCCUAAUUUGACAUAUAAGCAAAAAACGAAAAUUUAAAUAUAUAUUCAUUAUUGAAUUAGAGUAAAAACAACCACCAAUAAAUUAGACAUAUUGAAAAUACUUCAAAUUUAGAUAUAUGUAUACAUACAUACAGACCAAUUGGUUGAAAAUACAAAUGUAGGUAAAAACUGAGCUUAUUAUAAUACAACAAAAUUUUGGUUUUAGUAAAAAUAAAUGCUCUUUGCCAAAUUUUUGGCCAUUUUUUAUUUUUAGCAACUAGCAGUCAUUACAUUUUGUCGAUAAUUUUUCAUUUAUUAUUAUUUAGCUUCUAAUACUACAAUUGAAAGCUUUUAAGUGGAAUAUAAGCUUGUCAGUAGCUUUCACAAAUUUUUGAUUUUAAUUUCUAAACGUUUUGAGAGCAAUCUAAUUACUACACAUUUUAAAGACACUGUGAAGGUUCUGAAGCUUAAAAGCUUACCAUAGCUUUUUGUUAAAAUUUAUGAAUAGGUUCAGAAAUUUCAUAGGCGCUUCUGGUAGAUAAAACUUGAUCUAAAAUUCAGAAGUAAUAUGUUCGAAAAAAUGAAAUUAAGUUUUCGAAAAAGAUAUAUGUUUACGAAAACGCUCUAUGCUUCUAUUUUCAAUAAUUUUAUUAGUAAAAAAUAAAUUUUCAGCGAUGUUAAAUUACUAUUUAGUAUUAAUAUAUUUAGUUCUUUAAUUUACUUCCAAACAAUAAAAAUUUCUAUAAUUUAAUAUUCAUAACUUAUUAAGAAAACUAAUUCUUGUUAUAGAAAUAGAUCUUUUCAGAAAUAACUUAUGAAUUUAUUUUUAAAAUCAAUCGAAGUUACUUAAAUUUAACAAAAAAAGAGCUAUUAUUUCUUUUUUUUUUGUCUAAAAUUUUAGUGUCUACAAAUGCUAAAAAAAACUUUAUCCGUGAUUUUAAGCUUUCAUACCAUUCUAACUCUAAACUACAUUUUUUUAUCUUUUUUAGCUUAUCUAUAAUUUUUUUAUUCACUGUUAUUUUUGAAAACCUUAUUGCAUCUAUUUUUAAGUGAAAAGAGCCAAUUUGAAAAGUUGCUAUAGUUCCAAAAAUAACCAAAGAAAAGUAAUGAAAUAUAUUAUUUAAAUGAAUUACAAAUAUAAAUACAUAUAAACGAUGGUACUUAGAAAAAUAAAAUCAAGGUUAUGGUAAAAUAUUCAGUAGAUGGCUACAAGGAAUGGCAAAUGGCAUUGAAAAUGGCACUUCAAUAAACAACGAUAUUAGCAUAAGUUCUUAGCAUUAUAUUUAAGGUUAAAUAAAUAUAUACACUUGCAUAUAUACAUACUUAUAUAUAUACAAAAAAGUAAGCUGAUAAAUAUAUAUUUAAAUUGUAUAUUAAAAUAUCUAUAUUAUAUUAUAGAAAGAAAGAUUAUUCUUUACAAUAAAUAGCCGUUAAAAAGGACUAGUUUGAACCUCCUUAUAUAUGCGUAAAACCAAUAGUAAAGGGAGAAAAAAUUAAAAUCAACUCCGAAAAUAGUUAUUGCUACUAAUUGCGUAAAAUUAAAAUUUGAAAAAAAAGAAUAAGUAACAAGUUUGCUGCUGAACCAGUAGCGCGCUUAAAGAGAAAAAUGAAUUUAGUGAGUAAACUACUCAUAUCCUUAUACAUACAUACAUACACAUAUACAUAUAUACUGCAUAGCAUACACAAAUAUAAACAUCAAGGGUGCGUGAAAAGUUACCAGUGCUUUUUAAAUCUACCCCCACUCCUAAUAUGUAGUCUGACUCCGUUAUCUGUAGAUCGGACAAAAGAGCGCAAAAAAAAAGGUCGAAUCGUACUAACUAGCCGCAGAUUAUAUUUAAUCGAACAUGAAAAUUGUAAAAUAUUUCUAUAGUAUUCUGUCAAGGAAGUUUUAGAAUUAGAAAAGGUACCAGAACCGUUAAAAGUGCUCUAAAUAAUUUAGUCGAUUUUUCAGAAAUCGUUCUGCUUUUUUUGAUAAAGGCUAGGAUGUAAUUUCUUAACAAUAAUAUUCGCUACAAAUAUAAAUAAUUUGUAAUUUCUUAAUUUUUGUAAUAAUAUUUUAACUCAAAUUUCAUAUUCCACAUUGAAAUUUUGUACACUCAAUGGUCACUGUUAGAUACAAAUGAGUGAGUAAAGUUUAUUACAGUCUGGGAACCAAUUAAGAUGAAUUUAAACCUUUUUAGCUUGUACUUUCUAUGUGAAAUAUAAUUUACGCAGCCUAAGAAAACACAAAAUAUAGAGAAUUCAUGAGUGGCAUUAUUUCUUAUUAUUGUUCAGUUUACUUCGACGUUGCAUGUAUUGCAUAAAUUAAGCGCGCAAUUUCAUUUUCGAUCAAAUUUUCAAAUAUUCACUAAGUAAAUUUUUCCGCCGCAAACUUAAUCUCUCUAAAAUAAGUUAACUAAUAAAAAAAUUCAACAAAACUUUUUCGAAAAUCAAAAUACUACCACAACUUUUUUAACAAAGCAAGCGUAUUUCUAGGCGACAACUAGCUGUGAUAAACUGCAGUUAACUUUGGGUUGUCACCAAAAACUCUUCAAAAUACUUCUGCAAACACUUGCGCAUACCAAUUUCGAACAAAUUACUAUAGAAAUAAUAAAAAAAAACUAAAAUUCCAAAUAAAAAUGAUUGGAAAACCCUGCCGUUACAAAAAACAAAACAAAAAAAACUAAUUGCAUUUUUUCUCCGAGCAUACAUAUAGCGUUUCUCAAAAAGCUUACUAAAGCUACUUAAACUCUUCAUAUUUGAAAUAUAGCGUUUAACAACUGUCGACAUUUAAACGAAACUGUUCUUAAAAGAGCAAAGCAAAAAUACUUAUGGAUACAUACAUAUAUAAAAUUAACGUAAUAUAUACAUAUAUAACUAGUAAACCAACAACAACAGCAACCACAAAUAAAAGUGUUAUGCAAAACAAAGAUCGACUGAAUUAUUGUUAAAAAGUUUUGUGAAUUAUAUAUUAUUGAUAUAAUCAAGCAUUAAAAUAAAAGCAAAAAUUAAGCAAAGCAGAACCAAAAAAAAAACUUAAGAAAAAUAUAGUACACUUAAAAUAAAAAUUAAAUGAAUUAAUAUAAUUACAUAUAAACGUAUAUACAUUUUUAAUAUUAAUUUGGUUGAGAAAAAAGUUAAUGAAAGCUUGCAAAGGCAAAAGAAAAAAAUAAUAAAGUUAAGCAAAAAGUUGAGAGUUAAGUAAAAAAUUAAAUAAUUUACAUUCGUCAGAACAAAAAGCACAAACACACACCUACAAAUACAAGGCAGCUAGCAGAGGACCGAGUGAACGAGGUUAGAAUUAAAAUUCAAUAGUUUCCAAAUGAAAAUUAAAAAAUAUAUAAAAAAUGUAAAAUCAAAUAAAACUUCUGUAUAUAAAUUCAGUAAUUGAAUGCAAAUUUAAAAAAUUUUGUAAAAUAAAUUUCACUCUUACCACAAGAAACACUACAUUUCGUUUAUUUCAACAACAAUAAAGGCUGCAACACACACAAAAAAAGACAAGCAUAGCAACAUAUAUACCAUAUACAAAUAUACAACAGUAAGUAAAUGCUGCAGAACACAAAAAAAGGAAUAAAUACAAAAAAAAAAAACAAAUUAAAUAAAUAAAUAUAAUUAUAUACAAAAAAUUUAAAAAUACAAAAAUAUCUAAUCACACUCAAACCAACACACAGAUAAAACAAAAAGUCAACAACAAAAAGUUUUCAAAAACAUAAUUAAUUAAUUUUGAUGUUUUUUCAAAGAGUUGCGUUCGUUUCAUGUUUAGCAAUACAGAGUGUAUAAUGAAAUCUGAUUACAAAAAAAAAAAAAA